UUGUGAAAGCUGCGUGCGUGUAUGUAUGGGCGUUUUCUGUCGGCAAAACGUAAAAAAAGUGGAGUUGCGUCGAGCGGUCCCCGCCGUGGUGAGGGCCUGUCAGACAACCUGCGUUCUUCCUUUGUUAUUAAGCCAUGUGAGGAUUUGUAAGGUUUGUUUUUGUGCUACGCUUUUCGGCGACCAGAUAGCGCUGGUGGCAGCUGUGUGUAUUGCCUGGUCGACCACACAAACAUAACGUGGUUUGCUGGAUAACCAACCUCCUUUAGGCUAAACGUUAUCAAGUGUUGCUGGGUUUAAAGUGUUGACCAAACAGGAAGUAGCUGCUCUGACAUGAUCGCUGCUGACUGGUGAAACCCAGCUCUCCUCGUCAGCAGUGACUGAAUUGAUAACACCGAGGUCUUCUGAUGCUCGUGCUGUCUGGGUCAUAAAAUGCUCUUCAUCAGAUCUGCUGCUCCCUCCCUCUCUCGUCUCCCUAGAGUUGCCUGCAGAUGCGGAUAGAGGCCACGUGAAUGUGGAGGACACGAGUAAAGGGACGGUAAUAAAAGUUUACUCCAUGGUCAAAGACUAACGUCGCCCCCCAGUAUCGGCGCGUUCACUGUCCUUCGUUUUCUAAGAAGAAAAGCUCAGAAAUAGGGACGUUUUAGAGGUCUGUGGUGUUGUCGCAUCACUCUUGGUUGGGAUCAGACUGUUCCUCUGAUCAGUGGGGGGCGAUAACAUUUAUACUCUGUUUGUGCACGUGUCUGAAAAGUACUUGGAUACGAAUGCAUUUAGAAACUACAUAUCUGAGAAAUCACCCAGAAGGGAUGUUUUUCCAUUGAAACAAUCAGUCAGUCAGUCAGGCUGCAUUUUAUAUAGCGCUUUUCUAGCUGCAACAGCCACUCAAAGCGCUUUACAGACAAUACAAAUACAAAACUUCAAAUCACAAUUACUGAAGGUUAGGUGUCCAAAGAAGGAUUACAAUUCUGGACUAAUUGACCUACCUAUGAUAAAAAACUAAAUUGUGUUUAAAACACAAAUCUAAAAUAUUCUUUAGGAACAGUUCUUGUUUAGAAAAAACGAGCAUAUCUGCCUUCUCAGCCUGUAUAUGCGACCGUUCAGUGUCGUGUCCUGCAAUGGUUUAUAUUGUAACGCCGCUAGGAGGCACUGUUGGGUAAUAAAAUGCGUAUUCUGCGUUAAUAGAGUAAGAAGAAGAGAAUAUAAAAUGGUGGCUACGCGUGUAAAGUUGAAUGCUUAGAGCUCAGUAAACCUUUUCUUAAUAUUACCCGCUGUCGUUAUUGAAAUCUACUACGAUACCACACAUUGGCGACGAGGAUCCCCAGCGUUUUAUUGCUGACUGGCCGACAAAAUGUCAUAUUUGCGACGAGGUGCUGCUUGCUCGGGGUUGGCUGAAGAGGACGCCGGGCAGGAGACGGAGACCGGGGCAACGUGUCAAACACGCUAGCAUCACCCUUGGUGCUGGGUCGGAGGGAGCCGUCCAUCUGCCUGGUGGACUGCAUGAAGACCUCUGCGGGGCCGAGGGCAGCCAUGCCAGAGGAAGCAGAAAAAGUUUUACCAGGGCCUCCUCAGACAAGGGCUCACCCUUGUGGCCCCUUGGCUUUGGGUCUGAGAGAACUGUCCAUUUGCCUGGUGGAUUGUGUGAAAAUACUGGGGCUGGAUCAACAAAAGAGUAAUCUAGAUUAUAUUGCGGUCCAUCUGCAGGAAGGCGCCACCAUCAAGGCUGAGUUAGAAAAGGAUGAUGAGUCAGACAAAGACGACUGCAUGGGGAAGACACCAGGGACUCAAGGGCAGAUAAAGAUCCUGUCUGUCUGCACGCUAAAACUGGGGCCAGACCACUUUAAAUGGUGCCGUGCCACCAGCAUCAAAGCAGAGUCAGACACAUAUCUCGAGGACACCUACCUCCAGGAUGGCUCUGAAGCCCUGGAGCAAGGGGGGGAGAGGACCACUGAUUUGAAGGGGAUUGGUCCUCUGGACAUGGCAGAGUUGAGCUAUGCAGGUGUGGAAGUUAAACUUGACACCUGGGAUGAGGGCACUGAAUGCAAGGACGUAAUGGCGGGUUUAGGCCAAGACAAUACACUAUCUGACUCCCUUGGUAUGACUCAACUCGAUGAUACAGAUGGUGAAGUCAAUUCAGGUGUAGACGAUAAGGAGCAGAAAGGCAGCUUUGAUGUGACACCAGGACAAGGCAAGUUCUGUUCAAAUGGCAUCAAAAAACCAGAGCUGAGUGAAGUAGAUGCUCCGCUGGAAGUGGAUGCAGAUGAGGAGGCAGCAGAUGAUGACAUUGCAGCACCGCAACUGGAUAUCAGAGUUAUCAGUCCAGCCCCACCACCACCCAUCAAAAACACAACAGAGAAGAAGAAGAGGCGAUGGAGAGGUGAUUCUAAAGCCAAAUCCCACAGCUGCCAGCAGUGUGGCAAAGCUUUUUCCAAGAGGAGCAACCUCAUCAGGCACCAGCGUAUCCACAGUGUGGGAAAACCAUGUCAUUGUGACACUUGUGGAAAUAGCUUUGUCCAUCUGCAGCAGCUGAAGUCACACACAUGCCAUCAGGCUGAGCAAGAAGAUGAUGUCAGUGACACAUGCGAGAAAGACUUUGUUGAAAAAGAGAAGCUCACUAAGCACAAGUCUGGAAAAAUGGGAAAAAGGUCCAAAUCGUGCAAGAAAAGCAGCCGGAAUUCUCAAAGGGAGCACAGCCCGAACCAGAACACAUGUAGUGAGUUAACACGUGAUCAGAGGAUACUGGUGCACAAACCCACCCCAGAACGUGCACCACGGGAGAGGCGGUACACCUGCAAGCACUGCGGAAAGGGCUUCUUCUCUCCAAGCCACCUCAAACAACACCUCCACACUCACUUGCCUGAGAAGCUGUACAGCUGCGAGGAGUGUGGGAAGCAGUUCACGCGAGAGAGCAGUGUACGGGAGCACCAGCUGAUCCACACAGGGGAAAAACCGUUCCAGUGCGAACUGUGCGGCAAGAGCUGUGCCAGAAAAGGUGACCUUCGGGUUCACCAGCUCAGUCACUCAGAUGUGAAACCGCACCGGUGCACACACUGUGGAAAAUGUUUCAAGCAGCUCGGGAAACUCACACAGCACAUGAGGGUGCACACAGGGGAGAGACCAUAUAAGUGUGACCGCUGUCAAAAGCAAUUUAGCCAGCUGAAAACCCUUCAGACACAUUUGUUCAGUCACACAGGAGAGAAACCAUUUCAGUGCAUUCAGUGCCCCAAGUGCUUUGCUGACAAAGCCAAUUUAAGGAAACACCAGAGAAUUCACUCGGGUGAGAGGCCCUAUCAGUGCGCACACUGUGGUAAAAGCUUCCGGCUUCUGCAACACCUGACAGUCCACAAGCAAAGCCACACGGGAGAUAAACCGUUCCAGUGUGACCAGUGUGGGAAAUGUUUUUUACAUUCAUACACUUUGAAAGUACACCAUUAUAAACACAAACAGAAGAUGCCUCUGAGUUGCUCUCUCUGUGGUCAGCAAUUUAGCGUACUCACAGACCUGAACAGUCACACGUGUGGUCAAACUAUGGAGAAACCACACCGCUGCCUCGAGUGCGGCAAAUGCUUCGCUCAUACAGUCAGCUUGAAGAAACACCAGUUUAUCCACUCAGGGGAGAAACCAUAUGGCUGUAAGGUGUGCAGGAAGAGGUUCAAUGACCGAAGUAAUAUGGUAAAGCAUGAGCGCAUACACUCUGGUGAAAGGCCCUAUGAGUGUGAACGUUGUCAGAAGCGGUUUAGGCUCCUCCAGCACCUAGUGAGCCAUCAGCGAACACACCAGAAAUAAAUGUUCCAAGUGACACUUUCAACAUUAUUUCUGGGUCAGUGACGUGCCAUGGGAAUUUUUGUGUCCACAAGCAGUAUAUUAAUUUGAAUUACCAUUAAUUUGUAAAUUUGACAUGAAUUCAUGGAGGAGGGUUUGCUUUAUAGAAUUAGAUAAGUGCUUAUAUUAACAAGCCAUGUUCUUACAUAAUGUUAUUGUGUUGAAGUGCCAAAAUGUCUUUCAGAAACACUAAAACUUUAACUAGAGAAACUUAUAAAAUGUAUACAAUCAUCACACACACUAAA